CCUUGCGCGACGCGUUUCUUCUUUCUUUCUUCUUCUUCUCUUUGUUCUUCCGCGCGGCGUUUCAUGUCGAAACCCUCGUCGCUGUCUCCCUAACCCUUGCCCUCUGCCUCCCCAGCUCUCCUCACCCGAACCUGUCUUUUCAGCCGGCUAUUCGGGAACGACGAUCCUCGUCAAAUCGCAUUCAUCUCGAUGCUCAGAUAUCACUUCGCUGUUCAGAUCGUCCAUAUUCAAAGACCUACUCGAGUAUCGAUGUGAGCGUUGAGAAUGCGAGGUGAGUAGAUUGGUGAUACGUCCCAACGAUAUGGACGAGUAUAUGUACGGCCAGGAGUCGAUGUCAAAGUUGGGAGAUGAGAGGGGGAGAAGGAUGUCACGACCAAACACAACGCAAGAGCUUCUCCUAGCGAUCACCCUCACACUACCGCCCCACAAUCUCGAACACCAUCUCCGAAAACCGUAACAUGUUUCCCCGAACCACCCGAUCGACCUCCACUUCGAGCUCCCCUCUGAGCCUCUUCGACCACUCUCAACGAGCUCAAAUGGGUCAAGACCUCUUUUACCUCUUCGGCUGUUCCUCCAACUCUGCUUCAUCUUCCUCGUCGAGCCAGCCUAAGAAGCCCAGGACCGCCAUCUUCGCCCGUCGUCCCGCUCAAACCGGGGAACACUACCACGAGAAGCACGAGAACGACGAUGAGGACAACGAAGGGACCGAGGCGGACUCGAUGUUCAUCACCUGGCCCGAGUCCCGCCCGAUCGGGACCGGCAGCCGAUCUGCUUCUCCCAACUCAUCGAAUUUGGAGUCCGAGUUCGAGUCGAGCUACAGCUCCUCCUCCUCCUCCGGCUCCGUCAUCUCUUUGCCCGACUACCACACCCCGAACACCAACUCGAAGACGACCACUCGAUCUGGUCUUCGAUCGAAAAAGAGCGCCAAGGACGUCCGAGGCCUUUUCCGACCUUCUUCUACCCGCACCCAAUCUGCUCCGGACCUCCCCACCCAGACCUUUCCCCGAUCGCCUCAACAACUCAGGAUCUCCGUCAAGGUCGAGACGACGACGUCCACGUCGUCUCAGGCCAAGUGGGAGCUCGAUCUCAAUCUCCCCGCGCAGCGAUCGGGGAUGAGGAGGAACGGACCUGGAGGAAGGGGUGAUAGGUGGAACGGCAACUGGGUCUGA